CAAAAACACGAGGAUUCGAACGAUUUGGAUCAAAUUUCCCUUUAUUGGUCGACAUCUAUCCUUGCUAAUGGUGUGAGUGGAUGUGGAAAAUCCACAUUGGGUCAGGCGGUGGCGAAAGAACUGGACAUUCCCUUCGUCGAUGGAGACAGUCUACACCCUCCAGAGAAUAUCGAGAAGAUGAGCAACGGCAUACCACUCGAUGACAAUGAUAGAGCACCUUGGCUCAGGAAAAUAAGGGCAGAAGGA